AUGCAAGCUUUACGGGCUGGUCAGGUCGUCGAGCUGAGCGACGGCCGCUCAGCAGCAGUUCGCUUCGUCGGCGUCACGGCCUUUGCGGCCGGAGAAUGGAUAGGCGUCGAGUUCACCGAGCCUCUAGGCAAGAACGACGGCUCUGUACAGGGCCAGCGCUACUUCUCGUGCCAACCUAACCACGGCAUGUUCCUGCGGCGCUCCGCCGUCGCCAGGGUCGUGGAGCCAAACGCUCUAGCUCCACGACCGCUGGCGACCGGGCAAGGCCGCCCUCGUCACAGCCUUGCGGUCCCAUCAGCCCGCCAGUCGCUCCUCACACGUGCGACGAAGCCAGCUUCAACCUCCCCUCCCCCUCCCACCACCGCCAGCAACAAACUCGAAGAACUACAAGCAACGCUGCGUGUGAUGGAGAAACAACGCACCGAAGACAAGGAGAGCCUCAAGCUGCUGGAACAAACCCAACAAGAACGCAACAAGUUCGAGCAAGUAAUUCACAAGCUGCAAGCCAAGAUGCAACCACAGGCACAAGAACUCGCAGAGCUGAGGCGACAGCUGAAAGAAGCUCAGGCCAGUUUGGAGGAGAUCGAAGCGCACCAGGCAGGCUACGAGACUGCCGUCGAAUCCGCAACAAUGGACCGAGAAAUGGCAGAGCAAAAGGCGGAGACAUACGAGGCGGAACUGGAUGAUCUCAAGCUGAGACUCGAGGAGUUGGAGGUGGAGAAUGAGCUCCUCAAGGAGGGGAACCUAGAUUUGAGUCACGAGAUGACGGAUGAGGAGCGCUCGGGCCAGGGAUGGAUACAGAAGGAGCGCGAGAACGAGCGGCUGAAAGAAGCCCUACUACGCCUGCGGGACGUUUCCCAAGACCAGGAAGCGACGCUGAAGAGUCACAUCAAGAGCUUGGAGGAAGACGUGCAGAAACUCACAACCGUCAAACAAGAGCUAAGCAACACAAGAGCAAAACUACUCGAACGGGAAGCCGACAUCUUGGACGUGCGCCAGCAGCUUGACAACGCCUUGAGCGCCGAAGACAUCAUCGAAGAGCUCACAGAGCGAAACACCUCGCUCAAUGAGCAGGUCACACAGCUACAAAACACAAUCGAUGACCUCAAGGCUCUCAAGGAGCUCGAGGACGAGCUCGAAGCUAAUCAUCUCGAGAACGCAAAGCAGCUUCAAGACGUCAUCAGCCACAAAGAUACCAUCAUCAUUGACCACAACCGACGUCUUACUCAACAAGAGGAACUGCUCGCUGAUCAGGAGUCCACUAUCCAACGCUUCCAAGGGCUGGUCAGCAGCUUACAAUCUGCUCUCGCGGACAUGCGUACGUCUAAGGAAAUCACCGACACACAGGCGGAGGAGCUCAGCACCCGCUCCCGAGCCAUGCUAGAUCUCAACAAGCAGCUUCAGAUGUCAGCAACAAGCACAAAAUCCAGAACAAUCGACAUGGAACUUAGAAAGCUUGACGCCCAAGAGGCAAUCGAACACCUAGCCAUCGUGCAGUUGUACCUGCCUGAAUCUUUCCACACCGAGAGAGAUUCUGUGCUGGCCCUUCUCCGCUUCAGGCGCAUCACAUUCAAAGCAAACCUCCUUCACGGCCUCGUCAAAGACAACGUCUCCGAAGACAAGCUCGAUGCUCGAGGCGAGCACGUGUUCACGGCCUGCGGCGUCCUAGACCAACUCACCUGGAUUUCAGCAAUGUCCGAACGAUUUGGCAACACAAUCACCGCUUCCUCCCUCGAGCAGUUCACCAGAUUUGAGGGCGCCUUGUAUGAGCUUGAGCCGGUUGAACGGGCGCUGAACAGCUACAUUGAUACAGUGAGAAAAGACGAAUUGAGAGAAGAGGAUAUGACGGAAGAGCUGCAGCGAUCGAUUUCGCUGAUGAUACAUCUGGCGGAGGUUCACCUACGCGCCGGGCUGGACAGCUACGCGGACACAUUUAUCAUGAAGACACUGCUCAUGCAGAGUCAGAUGGAAAACACAACCGCUGCGCUUACUCUGGUCAAGGCUGAGGUGGAGACAAACCUACCCAUUACCAAUGAAUAUCACACCGACCUUCCUCGCUUCAUUCAGAAAAUGAACCAACUCAUCACUCAGUCGCGCAGCGCAAAGAUCAUGGUCGGGAAGACUGUGCACAUUCUACAAGAGCUCAAAGCACGCUCCCUGGUCUUGACAGCUGACGCACUUCCUACGUUCGUAGAAUGCCAGCACAGCACCGCAGAUUUGGCAACCUACACUCGCAUGCUCGGAUCAAACAUCUCUAAUAUCCUGCGCGAUGAAAGCGACGUCGACUUUCCUACCGUCGACACGAUACUGCCUGCCAUAGCUAGCACGACCUCGACCGUUUUCGAUACAGAAGAAACAACUCCUCUCAUGACUCUCACCAUCAAGCUCCGCAAUCUCAGUGACCGCCUCAACGAAAUCUACAGCACAUCAUCCGACCUCACUCAGACCACCGAGUUCGAGCGGCCGUCACCACCAUGGGUUCUACACUCGAAAGAGAUCGCACAAAGCAAGAUCAAUUCCGCCGACAAGGAUGAAGAAAUCGCACGACUUACCGAGAGUUGUAACAAGGCAAUCGCCGCAUUGAAUCACUACGACGAUAGACUGGAGGAAGCGAGAGUCAAGAUUGAAGUACUGGAGUCGCGCAACCGGGAUGCCAUGAAGCAGGCUACCCGCAUCCAGGAGCUCGAAACGCUCGUCGUUGCCGCGCAAGCUGGCGAGAAUGAGGCGAUCGAGACCCUCCGGGAGCAGGACCUCGCGAUGGUCAAGCUGGAGUGCGAGAAGGCGAAAUGGCAGGAUCUCGCCGCCGUUGCGUUGGAGAAGAGCAACGACAAAGGCCGGGCGGAUCCACAGGGCCAACCACAAGCAUCACUCGCGACUGCAAAGGAAUUGAAUGGCCUAAGAUCUGAUGUCAAAGCACUCGAACAUGCUGUACGCUAUGUCCGAGACGAAAACCGCAAGCGAAAGGAGAGGAAGCGAAGGGCACAGGCGGAGAAGAUCGCCGAAUUCCAGCGCAAUCUGGCGGCAGCCCGGUCGGCAAAAUCAGGGGCUGUACGCGCAGCCAAAAUCCAGGCAAAACUCCAGGUGAAAGAAGCGAAACGCCAGGCGAAACUGCAGGCGGAAAAACAACAGACGGAAGAAUAUCACACAGAAGAACAUCAGAUGGAAGAACAGGCAGAAGAACAACAGACGAGAGAACACGAGACUCAAGUUGAGCAAGUCGCAACACUACCAUCGUUCAUGGAGCCGGUCGCCGUACCGACAGAGCCAAAGUCGACGCCGAUGAAGGACAUGCCUCAGCACACUCUCACAUUUCAGGAGCGGGUGGAGGAGCAGGAGCUCCAGAACCUCGAGGAGUUCUCGAUGAUCGAGCUGUGCGAGCUUUUCGAACCGAUAGAUCAGUAUGAGUUUGAGGAGAUCAGGAGAAGAGCGGAGAUGGCGGCGCUUGAGGGACUUCGGCCGUCUGGUGAAGUGGUAAUUGAGGUGCCGGCAUACGAGGAUGAGGCGGAGGAGAAUGAAGAUGACGUGGAGGAGGAAGUGGCGCUUGACGACGCGGAGGACGCCGAUGCCUCCUUCGAGAGUGUGGAUGUGUUUGGGCUCGCGUCUUAUCGGGCUAUGGAGCUUGAGUACUGGCGGAGUUUGUGA